UCCAAUGACGAUUUAAGUGAUUAUUAUAAAAGGAUUGACCAUCCAAGACCGCGCCAGCCAAAGCUCUGAAAAUGUUGUUUCAAAAUCAUCAAUUGAUUGAAAAGUGCGCACAAUUUCAGAUGGAAAUGAACAUGGAAAGAAAAAAGUCAAAAUUGCAACAAACUACUAAAUCAGCACACUAUCUUUAAGUCAGUAAACAAGCGUCAUGAACAUGAGGAAGUAUUACAUAAAAGUAAAUCAGUUCAAUGUAAUGUUCAAUCAGUAUGUAAGUUAGCGAACCAUUUAUCUUAUUAUUCUUUUGUUUUUCUUAUCUCAAGGACGAUGAUUAAAUUACGCAAAGUAAUUUUUUAACAAUUUAUGUAAGUGUCUAGAAGCAUUAUCAGUCAGAUAUUUCAAUAGAAAUUGUGCGCUGUCUGUGUGUGAUAACUUCAAGCAAUAUAUCAUUGAUCUCUGGAUCAGCUGUCUCAGAAAGGGUGAAUUUACAGAAAAACAAAAUGGGCUUCAAAAAAGUUACCCACGUGAUAUUUGAUUUAGAUGGACUUGUUUUAGAUUCCGAAUCUGGAUAUGAAAAAAUAAUGCAAGCAAUGGCAGAAGGAUAUGGAAAAAAGUACACUCCAGAUGUGAAGUUUAAGCUUCUAGGAACGACUGAAACAGAUUCGGCUAAAAUUUUCAUCAGAGAACUCGACUUACCCGUAAGCCUCGAAGAUUGCCUGGAAGAUUAUUACAGAAGAAUCGCUGCAGAAUUGUCUAAUCCACCAUUUAUGCCUGGAGCCAAAAGACUUAUCCAGCACUUAGCAGCAAAUAACGUUCCAAUAGCAAUAGCAACCUCAUCGGGAGAAAAAACGUUCAAAAUCAAAACGCAAAACCAUCAAGACAUCAUCAAGUUGUUCCAUCAUAUUGUGUGUGGCUCGAAUAAUCCAGAAGUAAAAAAUGGAAAACCUGCUCCUGAUAUUUUUUUGAUUUGUGCAUCUAAGUUUCCAGAUAAACCAGAUCCUGAACAAAUUUUGGUAUUUGAAGACUCACCAAACGGAAUGCGAGCUGGAGUUGCAGCUGGAAUGCAAACGGUUCUGGUACCCGAUAAAGGUGUUGGUGAAGAACUAAGAAAACCAGCCACUUUAGUUCUAGAUUCAUUGGAGCUGUUUCAACCCGAGUUAUUUGGAUUGCCAGCAUUUUAAAAUAGAGCGCACGUUGCAACCAAAAUGUGAUACUUUAUAAUUCUGUUAUUGUUAGAGAAAUAAAUUCACAAUAUAAUUAUUAAAAGUAAA